CACCUCCUGCAAACCUAUUUUCACACCCAAAAAUUUCAACAUAAACUUUUUGUUUUUGCUGACGUCAUCAUAAUUUUCAAUCCGACAAUGAGCAGUACCAGCAGCAGCCGGAGAAUGAGAGCAUUCAAAAGAUGGAUGAAAGAAAACUCAAUACAACACACACAAUCACUCAACUUCACCAUUCAAAAAGAAAUAGAUAUACAAAAAGAAGAAUAUAUAUCUGUAUACACAUCAUCUGAUUUACAUGAGGGUGACGUCAUUGCCACUAUCCCUAAAAAAACAUGUCUGACUGUCAAAACAUCAGGUGCUUGUCAACUUAUCCAAGAUUUUUGUCUUGAAGGUUACAUGGCACUUUCUGUUGCUGUCAUGUUUGAAAUAAGCAUGGCCCACAAAUCGCCUUGGUUUCCUUAUUUACAAAUGUUGCCCCCUCAUGGAAACCUUGAUGUUCCUUUGCUUUGGUCUCUUGAAGAAAUCGAUGAAAUGCUCGUUGGCACCGAGCUUUAUAAGACAAUUAAAGAAGACAAAGCUCUUGUAUACGACGACUGGAAAGCAUGUAUCGUCCCUUUUGUGGAGUCAGCUCCUGUUAAAUUAAAUCCGGAUGAUUUUGGUCUUGAUAAGUACUUCUCUGCCAAAAGUUUGAUCUCUUCACGUUCCUUUCAGAUAGAUGAUUAUUAUGGAUUUGGGUUGGUUCCUUUGGCAGACCUAUUUAAUCACAAGACAAAUGCUGAGGAUGUGCACUUCACCUCAGUAUCUUUGCAAUCUGAAUCUGACACUGAUACUUCUGAAAACAUGGAAAAUGAGGUUGAUGAUGAUCUUGAUGGAGAUCUUUCCAUUCAGAAUGGAUCAAAUAUUGCCUCACCAAAAUGUGAUGAUGAUGAUACUAGUGAAAGUUCCUCAAGCACCGAUAUUCUGGAAAUGAUUAUGGUGAAGGAUGUCAAAGCUGGAGCCGAGGUCUUCAACACAUACGGAUCUAUGGGUAAUGCUGCAUUGCUUCACAGAUAUGGAUUUACAGAGCCAGAUAACCCAUACGAUAUAGUGAAUAUAGAUCUAGAGUUAGUACUCGAAUGGAGUUCAUCAAUAUUUUCAUCACGGCACUCUAGGAGGCGUCUUUUUUCAUGGAAAAGAUUAUACCAUUCUGAAUUUCCAAACCAAGACAUUGACUAUUUUGAAGUAUCGACUAAUGGUGAACCAGAACUUGAGUUACUUAAGUUGAUAUUCAUAAUUUCGCUACCUGAAAAAGCUUACGAUGAGUUUGAUAAAUCAAAAAUAGCCACCAUAUCUAAUAAGAAUAGAAUCAUAUUGGGUGAGAUUACAGAAACCAACAAGAAACUUUUGCUGACAGAAAGUGUUCAAGGUGCUUUGUUAUCCCUGGCAGAUAUUAGGGAUCGAUGUUAUGGUUUGAGGUCUCUGGAGGAUGAUGUACAAGCAUUAAAGACAUGCCCCGCCACAAAUAAAAAGUUGUACCAUUCUCUAAUGCUGCGCGUUAGUGAGAGGAAAAUUUUGGAGAAGCUUAGGAUCUAUGCUUCUGUAAGUGGACGGUUGCUUAAUGCUUGUAAUGGAUCUACCACAAAGAAAAAGCUAACGAAAAGAUGAUAUAAGGUUACUGGCUAACUGUUGUUGCUAUCAUUUUACCUCAGGUUUGGGCUAGUGUGAAAGUGAGGGCUGAUCUUCACUCUUGGCAUCAUUCCUAAUUUGAAAAAAAGAUCCAUCCGAAGUGUCGUGCAUAAGCUUGUUUUGAUGCAUCGGUCAAUUAUAUUUGGCAAGUGAGAAACUUGAGGCUGUUCAAGAAGAAACGGCCAAAAUAACAGCUCAUUGCUGCGAUCGUCAUUACUGUGCGGCUAAAGCUUUUAACAUGUCGCUACAACUAAACAAGUGAAGAAGUUUUUGGCUGCUGGGGAUCUUCCAUUUUCAUUAAUACAAUGUAUGUGAUCUCUGGGGUGCGGCUAGCCGACGUUUUUAUUCCUGGGCUGCAGAAGUAGGUCGAGAGGUCGUUUCUCCACGAUGUUUUAGUCAUUAGUAGUUAUAUGGUUAUGCAACGGCUAGAUAGGGGUUGGAGUUGAUAUCACUUCCAUGUAUCUUCCAUGUAUCUGUUGAUUCCACUAUUAGGUGCGUGUGUUUUGUAACCUGGACUUCACCUGAUUUAUACAAAUCUUAACAAGUUCAUAAUUUGUUUGA